ACACGUUAAGGUGUUGGACUUAGAGGAUCAUGAUUGACGACCGCCCCUAUCCUUGGUGGCAACUGCCAGUCAAAAACUUCGUCCGAGAUUUCAACUUGAUUAAGAGACUUAACUGUAUUUUUUGUUUUAUCAGCAAACCCUUUUUUGGGGGGUCUUUUCUCUUCGGGCUAUAAGUAGGGCGGCAUUCCAAGCACCUCAUUUGCAAGAGGUCUUUACUCUUCAGCUGUUUUUCAGUCCCCAAUAGAAAAGCUUAAAACAGAACUCAGCAUUUGUUUGUCUGCUAUUUCCCUCCAUAUUGCUAGCAUUUGUUUUAGCUGAGAGGCAAAACUUCGGAACAGCAAAAGAAUACAGUUUGUUUCUAAAAAAUUCCCAAGGACAGAGAAAGCAGAGUAGCUGUGUUAGGGAAAGAAAAGAUGGUUGCACCUCUGUCAGCUUGGCCCUGGGAGAACUUGGGAGUUUUCAAGUAUCUGCUAUACGGUCCUUUAGCUGCAAAAGUAUUGUAUUCAUGGAUCUAUGAGGAUUCCAUUAAGGAUCUGUGGUGUCUUCAUAUACUCGUUAUUUGUGCUUUGAGAGGAUUAAUUCAUCAGCUAUGGAACUCUUACAGUACCACGCUUUUCCUAACUCGAAAUCGCCGGAUUAAGCAGGAAGGAGUUGAUUUCAAGCAGAUUGACAGAGAAUGGGACUGGGAUAAUUUCCUAAUCCUUCACGCACUGUUGGCUUACAUGGCCUGCUUGAUCUUUCCAUCCUUGGAUGAUCUUCCACUCUGGAACCCAAAAGGAUUUAUUACUUUACUGUUUCUACAUGUCACCGUUUCGGAGCCCUUAUAUUACUGGGCGCAUAGGUAUUUCCAUGAAGGCUACCUUUUCACCCAUUAUCAUUCACUUCACCAUUCAUCUUCUGUAACCCAUCCCUAUACAGCUGGGCAUGCAACUUUUCUAGAGCACCUUAUAUUAUGUGUAGUGAUUGGAAUUCCGAUGGCGGGUUCUAUUACGAUGGGGUAUGGAUCAACAAGCAUGGUUUAUGGUUAUGUUUCGGCCUUUGAUUUUCUCAGAUGCUUGGGGCAUUCCAAUGUUGAGGUUGUUCCCCAUGAAGUUUUCAACAAGCUACCUUUCCUCAAAUAUUUCCUCUAUACCCCUACGUACCAUAGCCUGCACCACACAGAGAUGGGGACCAACUUCUGUCUCUUCAUGCCGCUGUUUGACGCUAUGGGGAAUACGCUUAACCGCAACUCGUGGCAUCUACACAAGAAAAUUAGUUCAGAUUCAGCAAAGAAUGGGAGGGUGCCAGAUUUUGUGUUCCUAGCACAUGGGGUGGACUUAACCUCAUCGAUGCAUGCCCCAUUCGUUUUCAGAUCAUUCGCAUCCGUACCAUUCUCCACCAGGAUCUUUCUUCUGCCUUUGUUGCCUGUGGCGUUUUUGGUUAUGUUAAUAAUGUGGGCUUGGUCUAAGACCUUCCUCAUCAGUUUCUACAAUCUUAGAGGCCAUUUGCACCAGACAUGGGUUGUUCCUAGAUUCGGCUUUCAGUAUUUCUUACCAUUUGCAAUGGAGGGCAUCAAUAAGCGCAUAGAGGAGGCCAUUCUAAGGGCUGAUAGGAUAGGGGUGAAGGUCAUCAGCCUUGCUGCAUUAAAUAAGAACGAGGCUCUGAAUGGAGGAGGAACACUGUUUGUUGAAAAGCAUCCGGACCUAAAAGUCAGAGUUGUCCAUGGUAACACCUUGACGGCUGCUGUUAUUCUAAACGAAAUUCCCAAGGACGUGGAAGAAGUGUUUUUAACAGGAGCUACUUCCAAGCUCGGCAGAGCUAUUGCCCUUUACCUUUGUCGAAGGAGAGUACGCGUCCUUAUGUUGACUUUAUCAACCGAGAGGUUUCAAAAAAUACAAAGGGAAGCCCCUGCGGAUUGCCAGAAUUACCUCGUCCAGGUCACCAAGUACCAGGCUGCUCAAAAUUGUAAGACAUGGAUCGUGGGCAAGUGGAUAACACCAAGGCAGCAAAGUUGGGCUCCAUCGGGGACACACUUUCAUCAAUUUGUGGUGCCACCUAUCUUGGCCUUCAGAAGAGACUGCACUUACGGUGAUCUGGCUGCCAUGAGAUUGCCUGAUGAUGUUGAAGGCCUUGGAAGUUGUGAGUACACCAUGGAAAGAGGAGUAGUGCACGCAUGCCAUGCAGGGGGCGUGGUUCAUCAGCUAGAAGGCUGGACCCAUCACGAAGUUGGGGCAAUUGAUGUCGAUAGAAUCGAUAUUGUCUGGAAAGCUGCUCUCAAGCAUGGUUUAAGGCCAGUGUCAAGCAUGUAAACCAGCAAUGUUCCUUAUCAUAAAUUGUCAUGAAACAAACAAGAAGCAAACAAAACAAAGCAGAGAAAAUGAAUUUCGAAUUUUAAAUAUUAAUGUUAAUGCCAUUUUUUUACGAUUACCAAGAUACUAUAUAUUGCUACGAAGCGAAUACUGAUUGUAUUACCCUUUGGGUUUGGUAACACUGCUAUGUAUAUUUUGAUUUGAAAAUCAUUAGAAAUUGAACUACCGUCUUUCUUUCUUAGGCA